UUUGCAAUGAUGUUAAUAUGCUUGUGAAUGAGAUUGUCCCCAUAGCUCUCUCACCUUUUGGAGACUUUGCAUAUAUCCAUGUUGAGCAUGUUCCCAUGUUUACUCCGCAUAUUCACCAUCUCUAUUAUGUUGCUUGGCUUAAUGCUAAUGGUGAUGUGCAAAAGAAAUGGACCAUCAUGAUGGAUGAUGUGUUCAUAUACCAUGCACACACGUUCUUUGCUUUGCCUAUUGUGUGUGUAGGUACACGGAAGACAAGGUCAACCUCGAUUGAGCACGAGUUGACCAAACGAGCUCUUGAGAGCAUAAUACAAGUGAGUACAAGAUCGAACCCGGCUCUAAUACCUUUCCCAUGCUUUGCAUUGAACAUGCCGAACAAUUUCUCUUUCUUAUGGUUCUUUUGCAAGCAUGAUGAUGUGAUUCUUACCAUUGGUGUUGCCACAAAUAUGAGGACCAAUUUCUCUUUCCAAUGGUUUGUGUGCACACAUGUUGAUGAUAUUUUGAACACUCUCCCUUAUGUGUUUUUGCCAAAUUCUCCUCUUAUUGCUUCAAGGAUGUUGAACAAUUUCUCUUUCCGAUGCCUUGAGUGGAAUAAUGCACAUGAGUUUCUACAUGAGAUGGACAUCAUAGUCGUCUCACAAUUUGGAGUUUUUGUGUUUUCACAUUUGGAAGAUGUUCAUGUGGAGUUCUUACACAUUGACCUUGCAUAUGCAUUCUUGUUGACAUAUUUGUGUUGUGCUAACGGUGUUGUGAAUAUGAAUGAACAUGUCCUUGAUGAUAUGCUCCUCUAUCACGCACACACAUACUUUGCUUGGUCUUUGUUGUGUGAAGGUACACGUGACUUGUGGAUGCGCGUCAACGAAUGGGUUCAACCCCAUACAUCUACUACACAAGAUCUCUCAAUGAGAGCACACCGACAUCUUGCUAAGGGCUCUUGACAAGUGAAGCAACAUUCAAGCGUUCGUGUUAUCUACCUCCUCUACACGUUCAUGAUGAGUUAUCGUCGAGGAUGACUCUUUUUCAAGUGGGGGGAGAUGAUACGGGGCGACCUUCGUUCUCCACCGCAUCAUGUGCGUCAACAUCUACACGUCAC